AUGACGGUAUACAUGGCCGUUGCUCAGAGGAUGAUAACUGGAGGACAGACUUCCAUACGUGGGACGCGAAUUGAGGUCCACGGAAUUCCGGACGUGGUUAUUGAGCAGCCGUGCGGCCUCCAGAGUUGUGUGAAGUGUGGCGACGACAUGCUCCUAGCGACUGCAAUAGAGGCACUCACUGGCCGAGAUGCGACGCUGGUGUUCCACGGCUGUGAGGUGGAAGCCGCCUAUCUGCAUUGGUUGCUCACCUUCAUCAGUGCCCUCCGGAGCCCAAGUAACAACACAGUAAUUUGUGCUUUUUUGGAACGACCAUUGACUGACCGGAUCAUUACUGUGCAAAUCCUGGUGAUAAUCUUUCUUUGUGUCAACAUGUUGCUCAUUGUGACCUUUUUUAAAAAGGAAUGUUUUUACACAUCUGCUCGCUACAUUUUAUUUUUUGUCACAUUACUGUCAGACAGCUUUUUGUUACUCAUGACUGACAUCCUACUUAUCUUAACCACUUUCAGAUGUUCAAUGCAAGUUUGGUUGUGUAUAAUUGUCUGUUUUUUUGUGAUUGUGUAUUCUAUUGUCACACCAGUAACUCUAACAACAAUGACUCUGGAGCGCUAUGUGGCCAUUUGUAUGUCUCUUCGUCAUGGACAGACGUGCUCCACACGCAACACUAAGUACUGUAUCCUGAUAAUUCAUGGCCUCAGUUCUGGGCCAUGCAUUGUUGUUAUUUCCACAUUUUUUUCUACUGCUUCAAUUAGCUUCUACAAACAAUAUGCAAUUUGCUCUGUGGAGAUGUUUAUGCUUUAUAGAUGGCAAGAUCAUGUUCGAUCAGCUGUAAAUCAGUUUUAUUUCUUUAUCAUGGGCAUCACUAUUAUUUUCUCCUAUGCUCAAAUAAUGAAAGUGGCCAAAGCUGCAUCAGGAGAGAAUAAGAAGUCAACACAAAAAGGACUGAGAACAGUGAUCCUUCAUGGUUUUCAGCUGCUCCUCUGUCUCUUUCAGCUGUGGAGUCCAUUCAUAGAAACUGCAGUCUUUCAGAUUGAUUCUAAUUUAUUUCGAAAUUUCAGAUACUUUAACUAUGUAUUAUUUAAUAUUGUUCCAAGGUGUCUAAGUCCUCUCAUUUAUGGCCUCAGGGAUGAAAAAUUCUUUCUUGUACUCAAAAAUCUUUUGCCUGCCUCUUCCAAUUCAGAAUAAACUUAAUUUUUCACAGUACAUCUAAAAUAUUCAUAAUGCUGAAAUUCGUCUUUAAGAAACAGAGAAAAUAACUAGUUGUGUGUACAAGAAUAACUGACUGUAUUGACAAGCAAGUAAUGAUUAACUUUCCAUCACUCGAAGAAGGAAAAAAAAAGUCUGGUUUUCACUUCCCUUCUGUUGUGUGGCCGCUGUGGUUAUCGGCAUCACUGGUCAAACGUGAGGUCCUUCAUCAGCUAUAGCCUGUGUGAGGUGCUUGUCCAGUAUGACAUUCCUCCUCAGGGAAUAAA